AGAGAGAGAGGGAGAGAGAGUUGGAGAGAGAGAUGGCCUCAGCUACUGACCCCAAGCAGCAAGUUCGAGGAGGAGGUGGUGGUGGUGGUGGAGGAGGUGCUGGUGAACUAAUAGCUGUAGGCGAAGCUGGAGGUGGAGCUGGAGGGGUGGAGCAGCCCUUCGACUUGAUGUUCAAGCUGCUGAUCAUAGGCAACAGCGGGGUGGGGAAAACGUCUCUGCUCUUCCGCUAUGCGGAGGACUCUUUCACGGCCGCUUUCGUCUCCACAGUGGGCAUCGACUUUAAGGUGAAGACGCUGAGACGCGGCGGCAAGACCAUAAAACUCCAGAUCUGGGAUACCGCGGGUCAAGAGCGUUACCGCACCAUCACCACCGCCUACUACCGUGGCGCCAUGGGGUUCCUGCUGGUGUACGACAUCACUAGCCAGGAGUCCUUCACAGCCAUCACCGACUGGGCGACUCAGAUCACCGCCUACUCCUGGGACAGCGCCCGGGUGAUUGUUGUUGGCAACAAAUGCGACCUGGAGCCGGAGCGAGUGGUGGCGACCGACACGGGCAAGCGACUGGCGGAGCAACUCGGCUUCGGCUUCCGUGAGACGAGCUCCAAGGAGAACCUCGGCGUGGCCGAGACCUUCGACGCACUCGUGGACCUUGUCUGCGAGAGACUCCCCUCCGCCUCGUCGGACAAUGCUGGCCGGGGGGAUGCCCCGGUGAUCCUGGCGGGAGGGGCCCACGCUCAGCAGGCCUGCUCCUGCUGAUAUGACGCUCUCGGCCUUGCCCACACCACCGCAUCGACAGAACUGCCAUCGCAGCCUGCGUCGUGACUCACUGACUCACCAAGUCACUCGCACAGCCUUGCUCAGACCACCGGAUCAACAGAACUGCCAUCGCGUGCGGUGACUCGCUGACUUACCCACUUACACCCAAAGUCACUCGCACAGCCUUGCCCACAUCACUGCAUCGACAGAACUGCCAUCACGGCAUGCAUGUAGGGAAUCACUAAGUCAGCCACUCGCACAGCUUUGUUCGCACAUCCGAAUCGACAGAACUGUCAUGGUGUGUGGCCACUCAUUGGCUUAUCCACUCACCCACUCAGCUUUGUCCAGACCACCGGCCUAGACAGAAUUUCCAUCACAGCAUGUGUGUGGCAGCUCACUCACUAAGUCUCUAGCACAGCCUUGCCAACACCACCGCAUUGACAGAACUGCCACGCCAUGUAGUGACUUACAAACUCACACCCACUGACUCAUUAAGUCACUCAGUCUUGCCCAAACCGCCAGCACUACAGAACUACCGUCGCGUGUGGCGACUCGCUGACUUACCCACUCACUCACGUGCACAGCCUUGCCCAAACCACCGGCUUGACAUAAAUGCUAUCGCGUGUGUGGCGACUCAUUGACUCACACCCACUCACUCAGCCUUGCCCAGACUAUCGGAUUCAUAGAACUGCUAUCAUGGCGUGUGGUGACUCGCUGACUUCACCCACUCACUCAGUCAAUUGGACAGCCUUGCCAAGACCACCGGAUUGACAGAACUGUCAUCACGGAGUGGGUGUGAGUUUGUGAUUCUACACUUGCCAAAUCACUCACACGGCCUUGUGCAGAUCACCGGCUCCGAAGAACUUCAAUCGUGUGUGGUGACUUACAAACUGGCACUGAUUCGCUGACUCUUCCAUAACACCGAGUCACUCGCACACAUUUUUGUGUGUUAGUUGUCCUUCCCCCGCACCUCUGAUUAUAUUAUCACGAAGUUCAAUGUACAUACAAACUAAUAUACACUACACUAAUAUACACUUUACACAACACUACUACAUUGGAAACUAUUCUUUUUAGAACUACUUGUUGUGUUACAUUUUUUUGUCCUUCCCCCGCACCUCCGAUUAGCACGAUUGGCUACAUACGGUGCGAAAUAAGUUCAACAUACACACAUACUACUGUAGACUAUACACUACACUAUACACUACACAUACUAAACUUUACACUAUGGGCAGUCCUCGGGUUACGAACCCAAGUCGUUCCUGAGACCCGUUCGUAAGUCCAACGGUUCGUAAGUCGGAAUAAAAUAAUGCACUGUUUUUUAAAUGCCCAGACGGUCAGUGUUAUGAAAUGUGUUACGGUUCAACAAAAAUGGAAGCAUCGUUAAAAUCAUAAUUAGGAAGAUAUGUUAUACAUUUUCAGGCAACACCGUAAAAAAACAUUACUGUAUAGUAAGUAAAACAUAACAUUAAGUCACGUAAAUGCAUAUAUAUAUUUUAUUUUCACUUACCUUGAGUCCUGAUUCUAGCUUGUAGUCGGAAGGGGGACAAUGAGGCACCACAAUUGCGUACACACAGACAAUGGGCACACACACACAGACAAUAGGCACACACACACAGACAAUGGGCACACACACACAGACUAUAGGCACACACACAGACAAUGGACACACACACAGACAAUGGGCACACACACAGACAAUGGGCACACACACACAGACAAUGGGCACACACACAGACAAGGGGCACACACAGAGACACACAGACACCCCAACGACAACGAUCUCCCAUGUAGCCUUAACAGGCUGUCGGGACGAGUGCUGUUAGCGAGCAACGCCUAUGAAGGCCGGCACUGUGGCACACGAGGUCAGUGGUCAGCGCCACGCCCGGCUGCCUUUGUCUCCCCUGCGGCGAUGUUUACACACCGCACCCGCUAUUCCUUUGAGGCUGAGUCAACCGAGUGGAGGCCCAGGACUGGUUCAGAUAAUCUUCACAGGUAUUGAUCGUGAGUGAGAAUUGUCUGAUGCCACAGCAUCGAAGCCACUCUGCUGGCGCCGCCCCCCCUGCACCCUCGACAACUGCACCCUGGCCCCAAAACAUCCCCCCUCUACCCCACGAUUGAAUACACUCACUCACAAGUAGUGUCCUCAUUGGGGAUCACCGGGGUCUAUCAGUUGGGUUUUACUUCGAGGAUUCCGAGGAAUGUCCACCUGUGUCCUGGGUCCAGGAGUUUGGCUCUACCCAACAGGGUAGUUUACAUUGAAGCGUCCCUGAAUUGGCUUGACAGUGGUAUGGGCACACAAAAAAG